GAGAUGAAGCUUAUUAGGCUUGUCUAGCGAAGUUUUGUUAGAGGGAAGAGUAUUUGGUAGCUAGAGGUUGCUGCGUAGGUGGUUGACCUGGUUGUCGAGGAGAGAUUGCACGUGGUGAGGUUUUACGGGGUUUUUAGUUCAUGGGAAUUGUGUCGACUGGACUUCGUCUCGCUUACUCCGUGAGAGAAAGCGUCGAUCGAAAUUAUUUUUCGUGCGUGCCGAUGUCAUAAGCUCUUCUUCUCCGGUAAUUCUGCGUUUGUCACGCUAUCAGAGGCCAAUGUAGUAACUGCUGCACAGACGGGCCGCAAUGGCCUCCUCCGUCGUUUCGGUGUCACAGAUGUCAUCCUCCGCUGCUUUCAACUCUUCCACACGUAGCGUCUACCAGAUUGUGAACGUUGGAGGUUCGUGUGGUAACUCAAGUUGGAGGACCUGUCCCGCUCCAGUAAAUGUAUCCUCGUCGAUGUCCACUUCAUCGUUCCAAGUUUUGAAUGUGGAAAGCUCGGCGAAAUCUUUCGGUCUGUUGGCUGUGGGCAAUAGUGCAAGCGUACGGGCAAGUGGUGGUGCAAGUUCGAAGUCUAUAUGUCCUGGUGGAGGAAUUGUCCCUGGUACUAGGAGAGAGAUGAUCUGCCAUGCGAAAAUCGAAGAUGCGCAGUCCGAAGAAGUGCCUCCUAUGACUGUUGAAGAGCAAGCAGGCUGGGAGCAGCGUCAGAAGGAGGCAGCUGAAAUCAAGGACCCUGCAGACCCCUUUCAGUGGCGGUGGACCCUGAAUUGGAAUCAGAUCACUCCCAACAUAAUUGUGGGUUCUUGUCCUCGAAGCCCUGGGGACAUAGACCGCAUGGUGAACGAAGCUGGAAUUGAUGCUAUCCUCAAUCUCCAAUGCGAUCUCUGCUUUGACGCCCUCAAAAUUCCCUUCGACGCCAUCCGGACAAGAGCGGUGGAGCGAGGGGUUCGAUUGGAACGAGUGGCCAUACGAGAUUUCGAUCAUGCAGAUCAAUCCUUGAUGCUUCCAGUUGCUAUUCGAGUUCUGAAUUCGCUUGUUGGGAGAGGAAUGAAGGUCUAUGUGCAUUGCACUGCUGGGAUCAACCGUGCGACAUUGACCACAGUUGGCCACUUAACAUUUGUUCAACAAAUGGACUUGGAGGAUGCUGUUGCUUCAGUUAAAUCUUCCCGGCCGGUGGCUCAUCCGUACAUAGACUGCUGGAGUGAAGCUCGAAGAAGACUUUUAGAUGGAAGAAAAGAUGAAGUCACUCGCGCUUCGGUAGAACUUUACGAGACCAGGCUCCAGAAUGGAAUUAAGGGAACCAAAGAAACUGAUUGGUUCGAUGCGGAGAAGCUUGUGAUUUCACGUACGUUUCAGAGAUACCUUGAAACUGAUCUUGCUAUGAUUGACAUGGAAACAGCUUGGUUGAAACGGAAAUUUGAGCUCGAUCACCAAGCCGCAACUGGUGGAAACGGGGUACCUACUAAGGACUCUAUAAUUUAAUCCCCCGCUCUCGACUCAGGGUUGAGAAGGUGCUUCUCAAAGGUGGGUCGACUAUUCAAUGAUAUUUGUUGCAAUUACUUUAACUAACUCGGGUAUUUCCUAACGUAGCCUUUAGGAUAAGGAAUACUUUCUCGAAAGAGUUGUAAAUUACCCUUCAAUCGCUUAGAGCCGAUUUCAAGUUCAUACUUUCACCUAAGAGAAUUGUAAAGUACCCUUCAACCGCUUAGAGUUCAUCUUCAUAUGACACUUCUAGAUGUGUUCAAUAGCAAGCGAGGUGCACAUGCAAUCCAGUGGAAUGUGCAGUGCUUCACCUAUUCUGUGGCUAGGUGUAAGCGUGCACCCUUCGGAGAACUUCAAUUCUACGGUUAUAAUUUUGACUUUUCAUUUGCAAAAUCAGAUAAAUUAUUGUUUGUUGAGAA